AUGGAGCCAGUGGAGCUGCCUCCAGGCGUUGGAGUUAGGCACCAGAGCCCGACCAUCCUUCCCCGAAGGAUUGAGCACUAUGUCGGGAGCAGGAUGAACAAGACUUUAUACGAUUCCCAUGUCCAGAAUCCCCCCCUAAGCGACUCCAUGAUAAACCCAGUGGACACCAUUCCCGAGGUGCUGAGCAUCCUGGCCACAUUCAUCUGCGUGUGCGGCAUGAUGGGCAAUGGCCUGGUGGUCUGGCUGCUGAGCUGCCCAGGGCAGAGGACCCCGUUCUGCACGUACAUCCUCCACCUGGCCGUGGCUGACUUCCUCUUCCUCCUCUGCACGACUGUCACCCUCUAUCUCGACCCCACCCUGCUGGCCUAUGAGGUGAUGGAGAGAAUGAGGUCCUUCACCUACACCACCAGCCUGACCCUCCUGACGGCCAUCAGCACGCAGCGCUGCCUGUCUGUCCUCUUUCCCAUCUGGUACAAGUGUCACCGGCCCCAGCACCUGUCAGCCGUGGUGUGUGCCCUGCUCUGGGCGCUGUCCCUCCUGAUGAACGUGCUGGUCUCAUUCUUCUGCAGGGAGUUCUGGGUCAGCCUAAAGCAGUGUUACACGGUGGACUCCGUCUUCAGUUUCCUCAUCAUGGGGAUCUUCACCCCAGUGAUGACCCUGUCCAGCGUGACCCUCUUCGUGCAGGUGCGGAGGAGCUCACAGCAGUGGGGGCGGCCGCGGCCCAUGCGGCUGUACGUGGUCAUCCUGGCCUCUGUCACUAUGUUCCUCAUCUGCGCCCUGCCUCUCGGCCUCAGCUGGUUCUUCCUCUAUUGGCUGGACCUGCCCCAGAACCAGAAGACUCUUUUCCACCACAUGGCAUGUCUCUCCUCGGACCUGAGCAGCAGUGCCAAUCCUGUCAUCUACUUCGUGGUGGGCAUCCAGGGACAUGGGUGCUCGCGGGAGUCCCCGGGGGCCAUACUCCGCAGGGUGCUGAGGGAGGAGCCUGAUGGGGAGGGGGAGACACCCCCCACCGGCACCAACGAGCUGGGGGCCUGA